GAGCGUGUAUUCAUACUAUCGACACGUCUCAGUUCUGUCAGCAUAUGUAAAAGUCUUUACCGGCACGCAUUGGCUGCAGCAGAAAAGUGGAAGGAAUUUUUAGCUUUUGCAAGAGAAAAGAGAAAAACAUUGUCAUGUCUUUUGAGACAAAAGACAAGACUGAAGUGCGUCUGGUGUUUCUAGGAGCAGGGGGAGUGGGGAAGACAGCCCUCAUCCAGCGGUUCCUCAAAGACACCUUUGAGCCGAAGCACCGACGCACAGUGGAGGAGCUCCACAGGAAGGAGUACGAAAUGGGAGGAAUUAAAGUCAUCAUCAGCAUUAUGGACACCAGUGGGAGCUACUCCUUCCCUGCCAUGCGCAAACUCUCCAUCCAAAACAGCGAUGCCUUUGCUCUGGUUUACGCUGUGGACGAUCCAGACUCCCUGGAGGCGGUCAAGAGACUGCGAGAGGAGAUCCUGGAAGUCAAGGAGAGCAAGCACACACCAAUUGUGGUGAUCGGCAACAAGAUAGACCGACUCAAAGAGCGGAGGGUGUCCAGCGAGGACGUACUGUCCACGGUGGAAGUGGACUGGAACCACAUCUUCCUGGAGUCCUCGGCCAAGGAUAACGUCAACGUGAUGGAGGCCUUCAUGGAGCUGCUGCAGCGGGCCAACCUGCCCACGCAGCUGAGUCCGGUGCUCUGCAAGAGACGACUGACGUUCCCCAAAGAAAACAACAAGCGUGCCCCCAUGAACAAAGCCAACAGCUGCCUCCUUUCGUAGAGAUGGACGGAGGCAGAGAAAACUGUGCAAACGAGACCAGAGGAUUGAUGCGGAUGAUAGAAAAACAAACCAAGAGACAAUGUUUGACAAGAUAAUCAAAUGUUCCCUUCUGCUCCCAGCUCCAAUAUACUCCUCCUAAAACAAACAUGAACAGAUGAAAACAAAGAUAAACGUAAAGACGGCAUGGAUGUUGUUGAACUUGACCGUACCUACUGCGAAAAAAGAAAAAAAAAUUCUUUAGAUAUUGUGUUUAGUUUGUACUCAAAACUAUGGAUGUUUCAGCCAGUAACUGUAAUCAUCUGGUGGGGAAAGAAAAUAUGUAUCUGUUGAGCAAUCAGUCAAAAGCAAUAGUGUUUUUAUCUCUAAAUGUGUUUUUUUUUCUGUGCAGCUUAUGUCAACAUAUGAAGAAAAUAUACCGUGCACUUUAUAUUUUUAAGAAGUCUUAGUGUUGGAAAUACUGGUUUACUGAACCUUUUUGUUUGCAAAUCCUUACAGAACUAAAAUAAAGUGCAUUUCUAUUUUGCUGGGGGGGAAAAAAAGAGUUCUGCUCAAUUAUAUUUUUUGCAUACUUUCAGUGUUUUGUCUUAACCAGGAAAACCAAAAAAUAGCUGUUACGUUGUCUGAGGUUCUAUGUUGUGCUUGUAUUGUACAUUCCUUAUUGUGUAUAAUGCAAACUUGUUGUGAAAAGAAAAAUAAAGUGUUCAUCUUA